ACAGGGUGGGAAGUGCUGGCCAUCUGGCAGGAAGGGAGUAGAAUUAAAAUCAUUUCCAGGGUUGAUUCUAGAGUACUCAGGGCAGGGCUUUUACCACCUGGAGCUGGUGUCCCAGCUAAAGCUAAAUUAGACCAUUUUCUCUGCCCCCAUCCUGGGCAUGUGCGUUAUAGGUGAUGGGCAGGGAAGGGAUACCCAAGCAGAGUGAUGGCCAGCCCUGCUACCCUCUCUCCCAGGGCCUGGAAUCUUCUUCCACCUUUUGAUCUUUUGGGAGUUCUGAUUCUGGCUCAAGGGGAGGGGGGAGAUUCCUUUCCCUUUCCUCCUUCUUACCAUCUCCUUAUCUCUGAAUCUUGUUUCUGAUCCUUUGUUUGCCCCCAUGGGAAAGUGGUAGAAUUCUUACAUGGCAAGUUCACGCCCAGCCAAGCCAAUAUGGACAUUGUGUGUGAGUGUGUGCAUGCAGCCUGGUGCAAGAGCAAGGCCUUCGAAACCAGAAAGACUUGGGUUAAGGUUCUCCUGUGGCCACUUCCUGCUGGCAUCGGGCCUCUGAGUUUCAUCAGUCAAAACAGAACAAUCCUACACACCUACCACAUAGAGCUAUAGGAAUCAGCGAGUUAAUGUACGUGCCUGGCACACAGCAGGGACAGGCACAUAACUUCUCUGAGCCUCAUUUCCGCAUCCGUAAAAUGGGAGCGCUAAUGGCCCCUGCCUUAUAGGGUUUCUAAGGCUUCAAUGAGCCCACACGGCGUCUGGCACUAAAUUAGUGCUCAGUAAACGAUCAGGUGUGUUCUCAUCUCACAGGGAUGGUCUACAUUGGCUUGCUUUGUAAACAGCUCAACACCUCUGAGCGCUAAUCUAUCUCUCGGGGGUUUUGAGUUGGGGGUCCUGAGUUGGGAGCUGGGUGGGGGGAGGGCAGAGGGGCCCUGCUCAGAUGGUGGGGUGUUGGGGAAUGGGAGGAAUUAGAGUGGCCAGAUGGGCAUUGGUGACUCAUGUUUGUGUCGUCCAAGCGGAGAGUCGGGGGCCGGUAAGACGGUUAACACCAAGCGGGUCAUUCAGUACUUUGCCAUCGUCGCUGCCCUGGGAGACGGGCCGGGCAAGAAGGCCGUAAGACUCGCCCACGCGGGCGCCGCUCCCUGCUGCUUCUCACUGUUUUUCUUUUCUUUCUCUUUUGUUUUUUUUCUUUUUAAAAUGUUGAUUCCCCAGAGCCUCCAGCCCUGCCUGAGCCUCCUACCCUGGUGGGGGACUCUGGCCUGAGCAAGGCUUGACCAGAGAGGCUGUGGCCACCUCUGCCACACUGUGUGACCAGUUCCGGGCCUGCCUCAAUGUUCCCAUCUCUAACACAGAGGGUGGGACCACAUUGCUAUUCCUACACUUUUAAUGUAACUUUCCCUUCCGUCAUGACCUUCGAAUCUUGAAAAUGUUUACCAAAUAGGCUGCUUUUACUAAGAAAUGAUUGUUUUCUUGGUUUAUCGUGCAGCAAAGACUCAUUUCUGCUGUCAGUCAAACAAGCAGGCUUAUGCAGGGUUUAGCCAGAGCCAAGGGCACUUGGCAUUCCUAAUGGCUAGGUUAGGGGGGCAGUUUUGCACCCGAUGGUUUCUGUACCAUUUUUAAAAAUUUCUGAAACAAUGGGAGCCCAGUAUUUUCUUUUGUUUUUGUUUUUGAGGCACAACAUUCAUUCCCAGCCCCAGGGCUAGUUGUUCAGAGCUCCGUGUAUGCCCCCCCCAAACACCCCAAAAUUGGCUACCUUUUCUCUCCAGAAGCCCAAGGCCUCCUCCCACACAGUCCCCUCUCCUGGGCCUGUUGAGCCUUGCUUUAUUCUGGGGCAUUUUUCUUUUUUCUUUUUCUUUUCUUUUUUCCACUGUACAUUUUUGUUUCUUUUUGCCUUUUCCUUUUUCCCCAUUUGAUUUUCUUGGUUUUUGAUUUUUAUUUCAGUUUUGGUUUUUUGUUGUGGUGGUGGUUGUUUUUGUUGUUUUGUUUUGUUUUUGCUGUUGACUUUUGGGCACUUUUUCCUCCUUCCCCUCCCUAUCCCAUUUUCCAAACCCCUAAAUAGUCUAUGAGGAUGCUGCAGAAAGUUGGGGCUAGUCCAGUAACAGGAACGGAGGGCAGGGAGAGGCCAGAGCUGGCAGGGAGGCCCCUGGGCAGAAUGGAGCCCUGCAUUGUGGAGUCCCAGGGGGUGUCAGGCAAGGGAAGGAGAGAGACAGGCUGGCCCACAGGGACCAUGGGUGCUGGAACUUAAAAGCCUUAUUACCCUCCCUCCCCUUGGUUCCAAAUAUGACCACACCUGCCAGAAAGAGCCCUGUUCCAAAGCGCUGGACUUGAGCGUGUGAGGUUGCACUUGGGGGAGGGGGCUCCUGCCAUUUCUCUCCUGCGUCCCUCCCCCAGAAAUAUCUAUGAGGGUAUUUUUAAGUCUUGGGCUCCCUGGAGGUGCAUGACAAACCAUCUCCUGGUGGCACAGCACCUGUCACUCCAGGAUCCCUUCCUUCCUUUCUCUCCCAGGCUGCUGCCAGCCAGCGUAGGGAAGAGAAGGAAAGGAAAAUGGAGGGAAGACAAUGAUGAGGCUAGGAGAGGAAUGGGGGUGCUCCUCUGGAUUCAGAAAUUCCCUCUAGAUGAGACAUUUGGGUGGCUUUGGGUGUCGUGGGAGGCAAGAUGCCUGGGCUCAGUGCCUACUCUGCCCCCAACUUGCUGUGUGGCCCUGAGCAGACCACUUCCCUUCUCUAAGUCUAGUUUCCUUAUUCACAAAUAAGGACUAAUAAUAUGCACCUGGCAGGGCUAUUUUGAAUAAUAGUAGGUGUACAUUUCACAAUGAAGACACACCUAAUCACAGUACAAAGGAGAAGUGUGAAGGGCUGUCACAGAGGGAGGUGAGGGGUAAGAAAGGUCAAGUGGGAAGAAGUCUCUUCCAGCCUCAGAGCAUCAGGGAAGCCUUCCUAGAGGAGGGGGCAUUUGAGCUCAGAAGGGGAGUAAAUUUUAGUCAGGAAUCUCUGGGUUUGGGGCAAGGGCCACUUCCUGGUGUGUGGGAAAUGAAGAGAUAGGGAGAGGCCAGAGACAGAGCUGGGGGAGGGGAAGGGCCAUGAGGAGGAGACCCCUGGAUGCAGCCCCCUACCUCGAGCCCCUGACUAGGGCCAUGCUUGCUCCUACUUUCCAGCAUUUCUCCUAACAGUCCUGCGAGGGUCAGGCAUGGGGAGUGGGGUGCGGGGCUACACAUUUGGGUGACUAACGUUUACUGUCCUGCUAACCAUUGCCCCCACCUUGCCCCCGGCCUGGUGAGACCUCACACCCUCUGAUGUUGUCUUCCUUCUCCCCCCAGCAAUUUCUGGCUACGAAGACUGGGGGUACCCUCGAGGAUCAAAUCAUUGAGGCGAACCCUGCCAUGGAGGCUUUUGGCAACGCCAAGACCCUGCGGAAUGACAACUCAUCCCGUUUUGGCAAGUUCAUCCGCAUUCACUUUGGUCCCUCUGGGAAGCUGGCAUCUGCCGAUAUUGACAGCUAUCUCCUGGAAAAGUCGCGGGUGAUCUUCCAGCUGCCCGGUGAGCGCAGCUACCAUGUCUACUACCAGAUCCUCUCGGGGAAGAAGCCAGAGCUGCAGGACAUGCUGCUUCUGUCUAUGAACCCCUACGACUACCACUUCUGUAGCCAGGGCGUCAUCACCGUGGACAACAUGGAUGAUGGGGAGGAGCUCAUGGCCACUGACCAUGCCAUGGACAUCCUGGGCUUCAGCGUGGAUGAGAAGUGUGCCUGCUAUAAGAUUGUGGGUGCCCUCCUGCAUUUCGGCAACAUGAAGUUCAAGCAGAAGCAGCGGGAGGAGCAGGCUGAGGCCGAUGGCACUGAGAGUGCUGACAAGGCUGCCUACCUGAUGGGGGUCAGCAGUGGAGACCUCCUCAAAGGCCUUCUGCACCCCCGAGUGCGUGUGGGGAACGAGUACGUGACCAAGGGCCAGAGUGUGGAGCAGGUGGUGUUUGCCGUGGGGGCUCUGGCGAAGGCCACUUAUGACCGGCUCUUCCGGUGGCUUGUGUCUCGGAUCAACCAGACACUGGACACAAAGCUGCCCCGUCAGUUCUUCAUCGGGGUCCUGGACAUCGCUGGUUUUGAGAUCUUCGAGUUUAACAGCUUCGAACAGCUGUGUAUCAAUUUCACCAACGAGAAGCUGCAGCAGUUCUUCAACCAGCACAUGUUCGUGCUGGAGCAGGAGGAGUACAAGCGGGAGGGCAUCGACUGGGUCUUCAUCGACUUCGGCCUGGACCUGCAGCCCUGCAUUGACCUCAUCGAGAAGGUGCCUUAUAGCAUUGUGGGCUGGUUGGAGAAAAACAAGGAUCCACUGAAUGAGACGGUGGUCCCCAUCUUUCAAAAAUCACAGAACAAGCUCUUGGCUACGCUCUACGAGAACUAUGCAGGCUCCUGCUCCACCGAGCCCCCCAAGUCUGGGGUAAAAGAGAAGCGUAAGAAGGCAGCAUCAUUCCAGACGGUGUCCCAGCUGCACAAGGAGAACCUCAACAAGCUGAUGACCAACCUGCGGGCCACACAGCCCCACUUCGUCCGUUGCAUUGUCCCCAAUGAGAACAAGACCCCAGGAGUCAUGGAUGCCUUCUUGGUGCUACACCAGCUGCGCUGCAAUGGAGUUCUGGAGGGGAUCCGGAUCUGCCGCCAAGGAUUCCCCAACAGGCUGCUCUAUACCGACUUCAGGCAGCGGUACCGCAUCCUGAACCCCAGCGCCAUCCCGGAUGACACCUUCAUGGACAGCAGGAAGGCCACAGAGAAGCUGCUGGGCUCGCUGGACAUCGACCACACUCAGUACCAGUUCGGACACACCAAGGUGUUCUUCAAGGCUGGGCUUCUAGGCAUCUUGGAGGAGCUUCGGGACCAGCGUUUGGCCAAGGUUUUGACGCUGCUGCAGGCGCGGAGCAGGGGCCGCCUCAUGCGCCUUGAGUACCAGCACCUGCUUGGAGGCAGGGAUGCCCUGUUCACCAUCCAGUGGAACAUCCGUGCCUUCAAUGCUGUCAAGAAUUGGUCAUGGAUGAAGCUCUUUUUCAAGAUGAAGCCGCUGUUACGCUCAGCGCAGGCUGAAGAGGAGCUGGCGGCCCUGCGGGCUGAGCUGCGGGGGCUGCGAGGGGCGCUGGCUACUGCUGAGGCCAAGCGCCAGGAGCUGGAGGAGACGCACGUCAGUGUCACCCAGGAGAAGAAUGACCUGGCCUUGCAGCUGCAGGCAGAACAGGACAACUUGGCGGAUGCUGAGGAGCGCUGCCACUUGCUCAUUAAGUCCAAGGUGCAGCUGGAGGCGAAGGUGAAGGAGCUGAGCGAGCGGCUGGAGGACGAGGAGGAGGUGAAUGCUGACCUGGCUGCCCGCCGGCGCAAGCUGGAAGACGAGUGCACGGAGCUCAAGAAGGACAUUGAUGACCUGGAACUGACACUGGCCAAGGCUGAGAAGGAGAAGCAAGCCACGGAGAAUAAGGUGAAGAACCUGACAGAGGAGAUGGCAGCACUGGAUGAGUCGGUGGCCCGGCUGACCAAGGAGAAGAAGGCAUUGCAGGAGGCCCACCAGCAGGCCCUGGGCGACCUGCAGGCCGAGGAGGACCGUGUGAGCGCACUGGCUAAGGCCAAGCUCCGGCUGGAGCAGCAGGUGGAAGAUCUGGAGUGCUCCCUGGAGCAGGAGAAGAAGCUGCGCAUGGACAUGGAGCGGGCCAAACGCAAGCUCGAGGGUGACCUGAAGCUGACACAGGAGUCGGUGACAGAUGCUGCCCAGGACAAGCAGCAGCUGGAGGAGAAGCUCAAGAAGAAGGACUCAGAGUUGAGUCAGCUGAACCUGCGGGUGGAGGACGAGCAGCUCCUUGGGGCCCAGCUGCAGAAGAAGAUCAAGGAGCUGCAGGCUCGGGCAGAGGAGCUGGAAGAGGAGCUGGAGGCGGAGCGGGCAGCCCGGGCCCGUGUGGAGAAGCAGCGGGCAGAGGCAGCCCGGGAGCUGGAGGAGCUGAGCGAGCGGCUGGAGGAGGCCGGUGGCGCAUCUGCGGGGCAGCGCGAGGGCUGCCGCAAGCGUGAGGCAGAGCUGGGGCGGCUGCGGCGGGAGCUGGAGGAGGCGGCGCUGCGGCACGAGGCCACAGUGGCUGCCCUGCGGCGCAAGCAGGCAGAGAGCGCGGCCGAGCUGGGUGAGCAGGUGGACAGUCUGCAGCGGGUGCGGCAGAAGCUGGAAAAGGAGAAGAGUGAGCUCCGCAUGGAGGUGGAUGAUCUGGGUGCCAGUGUUGAGACUCUGGCCCGUGGCAAGGCCAGUGCAGAGAAGCUGUGUCGGGCCUACGAGGAUCAGCUGAGUGAGGCCAAAAUCAAGGUGGAGGAGCUGCAGCGGCAGCUGGCAGAUGCGAGCACCCAGCGUGGGCGGCUGCAGACCGAGAGUGGGGAGCUGAGCCGCCUGCUAGAGGAGAAAGAGUCUCUGAUUAGCCAGCUGAGCCGUGGGAAGGCCUCAGCCACCCAGAGCCUGGAGGAACUGCGGAGGCAGCUGGAAGAGGAGAGCAAGGCCAAGAGUGCGCUGGCCCAUGCCAUGCAGGCUUUGCGGCAUGACUGCGACCUCCUGCGGGAGCAGCACGAGGAGGAGGCCGAGGCCCAGGCUGAGCUGCAGCGGCUGCUGUCCAAGGCCAACGCCGAGGUGGCCCAAUGGAGGAGCAAGUAUGAGGCAGAUGCCAUCCAGAGGACCGAGGAGCUGGAGGAGGCCAAAAAGAAGCUGGCACUGCGGCUACAGGAGGCAGAGGAGGGAGUAGAGGCUGCUCACGCCAAGUGUUCGUCGCUGGAGAAGGCCAAGCUGCGGCUGCAGACAGAGUCGGAGGAUGUGACCCUGGAGCUGGAGCGGGCGACCUCAGCGGCUGCUGCACUGGACAAGAAGCAGCGGCACUUGGAGCGGGCGCUGGAGGAGCGGCGGCGGCAGGAGGAAGAGACGCAGCGGGAGCUGGAAGCGGCCCAGAGGGAGGCCCGCAGCCUGGGCACCGAGCUCUUCCGGCUGCGGCACAGCCACGAGGAGGCUCUUGAGGCCCUGGAGACACUCAAGCGGGAGAACAAGAACCUGCAGGAGGAGAUCAGUGACCUCACAGACCAGGUCAGCCUCAGUGGGAAGGGCAUCCAGGAGCUGGAGAAAGCCAAGAAGGCGCUGGAAGGGGAGAAGAGUGAGCUCCAGGCUGCACUGGAGGAAGCUGAGGGGGCCCUGGAGCUGGAGGAGACCAAGACUCUGCGGAUCCAGCUGGAGCUAUCCCAGGUUAAGGCUGAAGUGGAUCGGAAGCUGGCAGAGAAAGACGAGGAGUGCACUAACCUGAGGCGCAACCACCAGCGGGCAGUGGAGUCCCUGCAGGCCUCCCUGGAUGCAGAGACACGGGCCCGCAAUGAGGCCCUGCGGCUCAAGAAGAAGAUGGAAGGCGACCUCAAUGACCUGGAGCUGCAGCUGGGCCAUGCCACUCGCCAGGCCAUGGAGGCACAGGCAGCCACGCGGCUGCUGCAAGCCCAACUCAAGGAGGAGCAGGCAGGGAGGGACGAGGAGCAGCGGUUAGUGGCUGAGCUCCGCGAGCAGGCACAGGCCCUGGAACGGCGGGCUGCGUUGCUGGCCGGGGAGCUGGAAGAGCUGCGGGCUGCCCUGGAGCAGGGAGAGCGCAGCCGGCGGCUGGCAGAACAGGAGCUGCUAGAGGCCACGGAGCGCCUCAACCUCCUGCAUUCACAGAACACAGGCCUGCUGAACCAGAAAAAGAAGCUGGAGGUGGAUUUGUCCCAGCUGAGCGGGGAGGUGGAAGAGGCUGCCCAGGAGAGGCGGGAAGCCGAGGAGAAGGCCAAAAAGGCCAUCACCGAUGCGGCCAUGAUGGCCGAGGAGCUAAAGAAGGAGCAGGACACAAGUGCACACCUGGAACGGAUGAAGAAGACGCUGGAGCAGACGGUGCGGGAGCUACAGGCACGGCUUGAGGAGGCGGAACAAGCCGCCCUCCGUGGCGGGAAGAAGCAGGUGCAGAAGCUGGAGGCCAAGGUGCGGGAGCUGGAGGCCGAGCUGGACGCAGAGCAGAAGAAGCAUGCCGAGGCCCUCAAGGGGGUGCGGAAACAUGAGCGCCGGGUCAAGGAGCUUGCGUACCAGGCCGAGGAGGACAGGAAGAACUUGGCUCGCAUGCAGGACUUGGUGGACAAGCUGCAGAGCAAGGUCAAGAGCUACAAACGCCAGUUUGAGGAGGCGGAGCAGCAGGCCAACACUAACCUGGCCAAGUAUCGCAAGGCCCAGCAUGAGCUGGACGAUGCAGAGGAGCGGGCAGACAUGGCAGAAACUCAGGCCAACAAGCUGCGGGCACGGACCCGGGAUGCCCUAGGCCCCAAGCACAAGGAGUGAUGCCCGAGGCCCUGGGCUCUGAAGAGGGAUGCCUGCUGUUUGCCCCUCACCUGCCUUCAGCUGAGGCUGCCCCACCCGAUCCUGUCGUCUCUUCCUCUCCAUCUGCUGAGCCUCAGCAGUCCCAAGCCCUGCUACACCCUGAAUAAAUGCCAGGUCUGCAGUUCCAGCCGGUUUCCUCCUCAUUCUUUGGGAUUGGGGAGAGGAGCACGUGGUCCCAUAGAGAAAAGUGAGGUCCACAUCAGUCAUUUAAAAUAAAGUUCUUUAAUAGUCUCCA